AUCCAACAACCAUCAACAUCAAUGUCAAUAUCUUCAUCUUCCGAUCCACUCCACCUCGCAAACGACGCCGCCUUAGACGUCCUGUCCGAGCACUUCGCCGCCUACUGCGACGCCCACGACUCCCUCUCCAACCUCCGCUCAGAAUUCCACGUCCCGCUCUGCAAAGACAUCACCACACAAACCCCCGACACCCCCAACGAGGAGUGUAUCUAUUUCUGCGGCAACUCCCUCGGUCUACAGCCAAAACGCACAGAAUCUCUUUUACUGGAGGAACUCGCCGUGUGGAAACAACGUGGAGUACAAGGACACUUCCGACACCCCCUCGGCCGCGAAUGGGUCGCGAUAGACGAAACCGUUACCACACAAAUGGCCACAGUCGUCGGGGCGGUACCGGCUGAAGUCGCCGUCAUGGGCUCACUCACCGCGAAUUUGCAUUUACUGUUGGCGUCGUUCUAUACACCGACGAAGGAGAGAUACAAGAUCAUCAUGGAAUCAAAAGCGUUUCCGUCAGACCACUACGCCAUCGAAUCCCAAAUAACCUGGAACAAACUCUCCCCAUCCUCAUCCCUCAUCCUGAUCGAUCCGCUCCCGGGGAACUACCACCUAACAACCCCGCAAAUCCUCGCCACGAUCGACGAGCACGCUGACUCAACCGCCCUAAUCAUGCUCUCCGGUCUCCAAUUCUACACCGGCCAAGCUUUCGAUAUCCAACUCAUCACCCAACACGCCCACUCCAAGGGCAUCCUCGUCGGAUGGGACCUCGCUCACGCAGCCGGAAACCUCGACCUCAAACUCCAUGACUGGGACGUCGAUUUCGCAGCCUGGUGUAACUACAAAUACAUCAACGCAGGACCCGGCGCAAUCGCCUCGAUCUUUAUCCACGAACGCCAUUCACUAUCCCAAACACCCAGACCGCGGUUGAGUGGGUGGUGGGGCCACGAUAAAGCGUCCAGGUUUAGGAUGGAGAACGUGUUUAAGGCUAUCCCGGGCGCGGCAGGGUAUCAGCUCUCGAACCCGAGCGUGUUGGAUGUGGUAGCACUCCUCGGCUCCCUCCAAAUCUUCUCACAAACAUCCAUGACAGCCCUCCGCGCGAAAUCUCAACUACUGACAACCUACCUCCACCACCUCCUCCUCACCCACUUUCCCGGCCCCUCACCCCCCUUCACGAUCAUCACACCCACGUCACCCUCUGAACGCGGAGCACAGCUCUCGUUGUUGUUUAAGGAAGGCACGAUGCAGAGGGUUUUUGAGAGGUUGGAGAGGGCGGGGUGUGUUGUUGAUGAGCGGAAACCGGAUGUGAUUAGGGUUGCGCCGGCGCCGUUGUAUAAUACUUUUCGGGAGGUGUGGAGGUUUGUUUGGCUGUUAAAAAAGGCUGUGGAGGAGUUGUAGAAGUGAGGGGUGGGUAGACAAGCUUAAGUGCAAGGAUAGGUUGCGAUCUUUAGACCCCAAAGACAAAACGAUGCAUAAUGAUUGGCGCCCGGA